UGGCGCCACACGUUCAGCAGCAGACAGCACUGUAUUUUUACCGAUACUUUUGCCUUUCUAGUCCUGGUAUUUUUUAACUUCACUUCUUUUUCAACAUCCCAGGUAUAAUUGACGUUAACAUACAACAAUUCGUCGUUACAAUGCGGGCUUUCAGGCAAGCAGGGGAAAAGCAGCUUCCGAACCCCAUACUGUACAUGGCAUGGUCUCCCAAACGGGAUCUGAUUGCCCUGGCCAACACGAGUGGGGAGCUUCUACUACAUCGACUCAGUAAUUUUCACCGUGUUUGGAGUUUGCCACCUAAUGAAAACACAGGAAAGGAAAUCACUGCAUUGGCAUGGAGACCGGAUGGCAAAAUCAUUGCAUUCAGUUUGAAUGCAGGCGACACAAAGAAAGUGGUUCUCUGCGACGCUGAAAAGGCAGAGAUCCUCCAUGUGUUCAAGGUCAUGAUACCAGGUCCUGUGUCUUGUAUGCAUUGGAUGGAAGUGCUUGACGAGAACAGUGGCCUCACAUCAUUCUACGAGUCUGAGGAUGAGUCCAAUCGUUUCCUUCCCAAGCUACCGUCCCUCCCGAAAAGCUACAGUACCACAACAAAGAUUUUCAGUGAAGAGAAAUCUGACGAGGCUACAAAUCUCCUGGGAGAUGUUAGGCUGAAUAUUUUGGUGGUCGGAGGACAGUGCGGAUUUAUAGAGCUCUAUGCCUAUGGGCUUUACAACAUAGCGACUGUCAACAAGGUUGAGGGGACUUGUCGCAGUCUCUGCCUCUCCAGUGACCUCAAAUCUCUGUCGGUCAUUACAGAGGUCAGGUCUGCCAAUGACGACCCUGAGAUUCACUAUGUUCAGUUGGACACAGGACUGCUGUCUUCUAAUUUGGCUGAAGUGACGAAGAUGGCUCGCAAGUUUACACAUAUCUCUACUCUGCUACAGUACCUCCAGAUGUCUCUGACAUGCAUGUGCGAGGCCUGGGAGGACAUUCUUCUGCAGAUGGAUUUAAGACUCACAACAUUUGUCCAGGAGAAGAACACAAGCACUCAGGUUCAAGAUGAGUUCUUGGAGCUGCUCCUUUGGGGACAUGCCAGCCCUGAACUACAGGCUCUGCUUAUGAACCAGCUCACUGUAAAGGGUCUUAAGAUGUUGGGUCAGUCUAUUGAGUCCUCUUACUCAGGCAUUCAGAAGCUGGUGAUCAGUCAUUUGCAAAGUGGCUCGGAGGCUCUGCUGUACCAUCUGAGUGAGGUGAAGGGCAUGGCGCUGUGGAAGCAGAAGUACCAAGCACUGGGGCUGGACCUGGCUAUUAUAGAGGAUGCCAUUGCUGUAGUGGGAUCCUUCACCCUCAAAGCCAGUGAGCUUUUACAAGUGAUUGACAAGAGCAUGAAGAAUUUCAAGGCCUUUUUCCGCUGGUUGUAUGUUGCGAUGCUGCGGAUGUCUGAUGAUCACGUCCCCCCUGAGCUCAAUAAGAUGACUCAUAAAGACCUGGCCUUCGUAGCGGACUUCCUGGCAGAGCACUUCAGCGCGAAUGAAGAGCUUUUCGAUCGGAAAGGGAAAUAUUUCAACGUAGAGCGAGUGGGGCAGUACUUAAAAGAUGAGGAGGAUAACCUGGUCUCCCCACUCAACACAGAGGGCAACCAGUGGGUGAAGUUUGUCAAGGAGAGCACACAUUUAAAAGACAGCCCUCUCCUGUUCCCCACCUACCCUCAGAAGUCUCUGCAUUUUGUGCGGAGGAUCAUGGUGGCAGUCAUCAAUCUAUGUCUUCAGCAACCAUCUGUGACCAUUGGGAAGUCUGUGUCUGAGGCCUUGCGUCUGCCACUCUACACUGUUCCAGAGAGUUCUGAAAAUACACCAAGACUCUUUGAGAUGCCUGCACUGUGGAAUGCCAGCAAGGCCAGUAUGCACUAUGUGGUGUUCUGCAUGCCAGAGAUCGCUCCCUCCAAGAUUUAUCUGCUGAGGAGGUCAACGGAUCCCAGCAGAGCUGUCCCCAAUGGUCUGAUUGCUAUUGACCUUAGCCGACCUCUAAACACCAGCAUUGACGACGAGGACGCGGUUGCCGAGAUCCCGGGGAAUGGCACGUUCCGUUGCCUGGACGCACGUCUGUAUGAUGCGGAGACCCUGACGGUGGUUCUGCAGAGCCAGGAGGAGGAGCGGGUGCUGGCCCAGCUGCCCCUCGGCAACGCCCUGCGCACCGAGGAGGACUUCACAUGGGACAACAGCCUACGGUUGGACCAGCAGAAUGAGUCCAUCCCCUCCCAGGGUCUGGUCUGGGAGAACCAGUGGAGGCAACUGGACAGCAUGAAGGCCCAGUUUGUGGCCGUCAACGGGGUCCGGAAAGUGUCCUGCGUGCUGAGCUCCAACCUUCGGCACGUGCGUGUGUUUGAGAUGGACGUGGAGGAUGAGGAGGAGGACGAUGAGGAGCGGCAGGAGCAGUCUCUGGAUAUCACCCCCGACCAGGACGCCCUGGAGGAGGCGCUGAGCAGCGGAGGAGGCCCGAGGGAGGCAGCAGCAGGGGCCAGUAUGGAGGCCCAGGAAGGAGGAGAGGGGGAGGGGGACGAGGAAGAGGAGCAGCCAGCUGAGGGAAGCUCCACAGAUGUUCUGGAGCAGACGUCAGGAUCAGAUACACUGUGAUUCUGGACAAGGACUUGAACUUGAUGACACGAGUGUCCCAGUUCACAAAUGCGAAGCCAUCGCUUGUGUAUAACUUUACACACACACGAGUUUCUGUAUCUUAAGCAGAAGUGUUUACACUUUUGAUGUAUUAAAAACAAAUGCCUUUUAAUGUACAGUACGACACGGUGACCUUCAUAUCUAAUUAUUAGGUAUGUUCUGUUUAUUAUGUGUUGAAUCAACAUAGUAAUUGAUUUGGCUCUGUUUUUCAUGUGGCAGUCCGGUCCAGUAAACAAGAAUGGCUGGCUGGGACACUUGGGCUGUACAUUUUUUUUUCUCUCUGUGUCAUGUAAUCAACUAUCAAAACUGUCAAAAACAAACCUUAUGUGGAAAUGUAAUAUGGAUAUUGUUUUCACAUAUUAUUAAAGGUGCGAUUGUGAACUAAUUUCUUACGCUCACCCAUUUUUGGUUUUGUUUUGUUUAGUGAGUUUGAAUCUUAUUAUCCCUCUUUUUGCUCAUCCUGCUGCAAUGCCUCCAGGACUUCAACAAAACAUGCACACAGGAAUAGAUCACAGAAUACUGUAUUUACUGUAACUUCUGAGAGAGCCAUACUGUUCAGUUGGACAAGGAGCUGUAGCCCACUGUCAAACGUGCUAUUGGUAAAUGCACUACCGUCCAUAUCCCUGGUUCGGAUCCUUUUAGGGGAAAUGUUGAAUAAAUAAUCAAGUUACA